CAGAUAUUGCCACAAUUGACCAUAUAAGCGAUCAGUUCGCAACGGGGAUAAAUGUUACCUUGAGCUGUGUUGUUGAUUCUAACCCACCAGCACAAUUCACUUGGUUACAGAAUGGACAAUCUGUCAGCAACUCAGCCUCAUUUUCUAUUAUUACAUCCCUGAAUCAUAUCGGAAACUAUACCUGUAUUGCAACUAACUCAUUUACUGGCUUGACGCGCACUGCAAACAAGACUCUUAUGAUCUAUGCACCACUGUCCAAACCUACCAUCAUCACCUCCAACAAUACUGCAGUGGAGACCAAGGACUUCUCAAUGACAUGCAAUGCUACGGGUCAAAUUCACGCUUACCGGUGGUUCAUAAAUGGACUUGCCCCAGGUGGUAACAGGAUACAGCUGUCACCGGAUAAGAGGACACUCACUAUCCGCAGUCUCAGAAGAACGGAAAACAAAGGGCCCUAUGAGUGUGAAAUCGAGAACCCAUUGUUUAGGAAAAGGAGUAAUCCAUUCACACUGAAUGUUACCUAUGGCCCAGAUAACGCCACAAUUGUACAUUCAGCCAAUGAGUACCCUACUGGGGCAAAUAUUACCUUGAGCUGUGUUGCUGAUUCUAACCCAGCAGCACAAUUCACUUGGUUACACAAUGGACAACCAGUCAGCAACUCAGCCACAUUUUCUAUUAUUGCAUCCCUGAGUGAUGCUGGCACUUAUACCUGUACUGCAUCUAACUCAUUCACUGGUUUGACGCAUACUGCAACCAAGAAUAUUAUAAUCUAUGCGCCACUGUCCAAACCUACCAUUGUCACCUCCAACAUUACUGCAGUGGAGGCCAAGGACUUCUCAUUGACAUGCCAGGCUACAGGUCAAAUUCACACUUACCAGUGGUUCAUAAACGGAGUUGCCCCAGCUGGUAGCAGGAUACAGCUGUCGCCAGAUAAGAGGACACUCACUCUCAGCAGGCUCACAAGAAGAGAUAACAAAGGGCCAUAUGAGUGUGAAAUCCGGAAUCCAUUUUAUAGCAAUAGGAGUGAUGCAUUCACACUGGAUGUUGCCUAUGGCCCAGAUAUUGCCACAAUUGACCAUAUAAGCGAUCAGUUCGCAACGGGGAUAAAUGUUACCUUGAGCUGUGUUGCUGAUUCUAACCCACCAGCACAAUUCACUUGGUUACAGAAUGGACAAUCUGUCAGCAACUCAGCCUCAUUUUCUAUUAUUACAUCCCUGAAUCAUAUCGGAAACUAUACCUGUAUUGCAACUAACUCAUUUACUGGCUUGACGCGCACUGCAAACAAGACUCUUAUGAUCUAUGCACCACUGUCCAAACCUACCAUCAUCACCUCCAACAAUACUGCAGUGGAGACCAAGGACUUCUCAAUGACAUGCAAUGCUACGGGUCAAAUUCACGCUUACCGGUGGUUCAUAAAUGGACUUGCCCCAGGUGGUAACAGGAUACAGCUGUCGCCGGAUAAGAGGACACUCACUAUCCGCAGUCUCAGAAGAACGGAAAACAAAGGACCCUAUGAGUGUGAAAUCGAGAACCCAUUGUUUAGGGAAAGGAGUAAUCCAUUCACACUGAAUGUUACCUGUGAGUAUAUUGCUUCUUCCUAUAUGAUGGCCCAGAUAACGCCACAAUUGUACAUUCAGCCAAUGAGUACCCUACUGGGGCAAAUAUUACCUUGA